AUGGAUAACAUGCUGCUGCUGCUGCUGCUGCUGCUCCCGUUGUUGGCGAGCUCAGAGUCUCUUCUGUCUAGAUACGUCAGGUUGAUGAAUGGGACCACUCUGUGUUCGGGUAGACUGGAGGUCUAUAACCCACGAAAGGGGACCUGGUUUUCAUUGUGUGAAGCUGACUUUAACCAGCAGGAUGCAAAGGUGGUCUGCAGGGAGCUUGGCUGUGGGCGUCCUUUAGUUCUCAAGGGGGUACUUUAUGGAGAAGUGGAAGCUCCACUAUGGACCGAAGAAUUCCACUGUAAAGGUGAUGAGUCUGAUAUCCAGAGCUGUGAAAGCUCAGGCUCAAUUUUAAAGACCUGCUCACCUGGAAGAGUUGUUGGACUCACCUGCUCAGACCCCCUCGGGUUGAUGGGAGGAACCAGUCGUUGUAGAGGUGCACUGGAACUGAAACAUCUGGGAGAGUGGAGACCAGUAUAUGGCCCAGAGUGGACCCGGAGGGAAGCAGCUGUUGUGUGUGAAUAUCUGGACUGCGGUUCUGUAAUUUCUGUACAACUGAGAAAGCUGUCCUCACGUAGGCCUGUGUGGUGGAUCGAUCCUGGCUGUGUUCAGUUUGGAUUUUCUCUUAAGAACUACUAUGUCAAGUUGGUGAAUGGGACCACUCUGUGUUCAGGCAGAGUGGAGGUGAAGUCCAACUCAUUUAACCAGUAUCACCGCCAGUGGUCCUCAGUGUGUGAAGCUGACUUUGACCAGCAGGAUGCAAAGGUGGUCUGCAGGGAGCUUGGCUGUGGAUCUCCUUCAGUUCUCAUGGGGAUGCUCUACAGAGAAGUGGAGGCUCCAAUUUGGAUGGAAAAAUUCAACUGUGGAGGCUAUGAAUCAGCUCUCAUGGACUGUAAGAGUUCAAGCUCAGAUAUAAACACCUGCUCACCUAGAAGAGCUGUUGGACUCACCUGCUCAGGUAAGCCCAUCAAAGACGAAGGCUCUCUGGUAUAA